AAGUCUUAGUCAUCACACCUAUCUCCGCAUGGUUAUUUUCUUCAAGUCGCUAGAAUAUCUCAACGCCAACCACGGGUUGAUUAACGGGUUGACGAGGGGAUUCUUAUAACAGAACGGGCCUUUUAAAGAUACAGAUUAUCUCGUCUGUUCCAAUCCCAAGUGGCCCAAAAUGGGUCUCGCAGGCCCUCGAAAGAGGACCAAGAUCUCUCAUGACCCAAACAAUACGAAUUGGGCACGUUCGACUAGUGGCUUUGGCCACAAAAUCAUGAGCUCGCAGGGGUGGACUCCUGGCAGUCUCCUCGGCGCUCGCGAUGCUGCGCAUGCUGAUCAUUUCACCGCAGGCAGUGCCUCUCAUAUCCGGGUCUCUCUGAAGGAUGAUACUCUCGGAUUAGGCGCGAGACCGAAGCGCGAUUUAAUUGACGGCCCGACCGGAUUGGACGCUUUUCAGGGCCUGCUGGGUCGACUCAACGGCAAAACAGAUGCGGAGCUGGAGAAGGAACAGCGAAAGCGUGACGACGUCAAACUCGCUAUCUAUACUGCAAGAAAAUGGCAGGCAGUUAGAUUCGUCAGUGGCGGUUUGCUCGUCCCUGAGAAGAUGGAGGCGCUUCCCAACAAGACUCGAGAGGAGCCCGAUAAGCAAGGGCCUAGCGCUGCAGACUCUGCUGAGGAAUCACAGCCGGAGUCAGAAUCGGAAAAGGAAAAGUCUAAGAAGUCUAAGAAAUCUAAGAAAUCCAAAAAGUCCAAGAAGGGUGAUUCCGACGUCAAGCCAGAUGCAGACAGUCGGUCGUCUUCCAAGAGCAAGCGCAAAGAGUCUAAGAAACGGAAACACGGUGGUGGAAGCGAUCAAUCCGAUGAUAAUCAAGAAGGCGACGAAGAACAAAAGGCAGUCCCCAAGCCUUCCAAGUCGAAGGAUGCAGAGACCAAUGGGUCCCAGACUUCUUCAAGAUCUGAAACGCCCGCGACCUCGAGGGAGCGCAUUCCUAUGGGAAGGCAUAUUUUCCGAAGCAGACAUAUCCAGCAAAAGAAAAAGGCACUUAUGGACGAUAAAUCGCUCAAUGAGAUAUUUAUGAUCAAAUCCUGAACACCUGAUCUAAUCACGGACAUACCGACCUACUAUAGACGAAUCAAUCUUCGUCACAGCAUUUCCAGCGGCAGGCCGCUGGAUAUACAAUUGAAAUUCGAUACCAAUAGAGCAUCUGCCAUCUUAUCUGAAAAAGUUGUCACAUGGGUUGAUAUCAAAGCCUCUGGCCCCUCACACUCCGCCAUUUGUCUUUGCAGGCUCAGUGAGGAAUUGUAUAGAGUGAUAUUCAAGAGAUUGAAGAAUAAAGGGAGUAGAUACGCGCUACGAGUAGGAGUGUGAAAUCAAUCUAAAUAUAUAUAUAUAUAUAAAUAAUAU